UCUACAGUUCAUUAUGACGCCAAUAGAAUGCGGAACGCAACAGUUAGCCUAGGUGUUCUUAAUAGAUUGCAUUUCAUUAGGCUACCUGAUUUCUCAGUGAACACAACGCAAAGCUAGCCUUCUGAAGGAAACAAGACUCAAGACUACGACGCUACAGACAUGCCGAGUAAAGUCGCAUCACGAAAAAGUUCUCGGUUGAAUUCAACAGGAUACUACAACGUUGAGGGAGAACCCUUCAUUUGCUACAAGGAGACCACGCGCAAGAUUUUCAGAAGACAUCGUAGGAACACUUCUCAGUUAAGUACCAGCCACAGAGCAGAAAAACAGAAGAACAGAAACACAGACAGUGACAUACUCACUAACCGAAACAGCAACAUACUUAGUAUCCAAAACACCAACAGCAGGGCCUCCACUGUGUUCAAGAUUUUUGGCAUUCUCUUCUUCCUAGUGCCCCUGUGUUUUGGAUUGGCAUACUUGAUACCGACUCUGAACAGCAGCUUUCUGGACUGCGGACCCUCAGAGUCACCUGUCUCAACUUACGUUACCAAUACGACUAAGGCUGCAUCAUGUGAAGAGCUAGCAAAACAAAUAAGAAAGCUGCAGGACAAGCAGCUGAGGUUAGAAAACUACCUGCUACCGGUGGCGGACACACUGCCUAACUACGCUCUGGAGUCGCAAGGGGCCUGUGUUAUAUCUCAUCUCUCCUCAACAACAUACCAUGCACAAGCAGGCUGGAGUUUUCUCUGGAUACCUAUGUGGCUAAAAAGUGCAAACCCAGGGACUGUAAUUAAGGGAGGCUCACCCCUGGUUAUAGGGCACUGCUGGCCCUUUGCAGGUGAGCGUGGACAUUUAUUCAUCACCCUGUCCCACCCAGUCACCAUAAGCCACGUGUCACUGAGUCACUUUUCAAGGAACCUGUCCCCAACUGGCACCAUUACUAGCGCCCCCAAGGAGUUUUCUGUCUGUGGCAUGAAGACUUUUGAUGAAGAAGGAACCCCACUUGGAACCUUUCUUUAUGAUCAGGAUGGGGAGUCAUCACAGACUUUCAAAUUGCCUGAUCAUAAAAAAGGUGUCUUCCACCAUGUAAAGCUGCAAGUCGAGACCAACUGGGGCAAUCCUGACUACACCUGUCUCUACAGUUUCAAGGUCCAUGGGAUGCUGGCAGACGAAGGACACAAAGGAGCAGACAGGACACCAACAUCUGGGUGCAGAGACAGAUGAGUAUGCAUUUGUGAAAAUUAAAUCAGAUUCCAACCAUCUGUGGAUAAAUAGGCUUAAUUUAACCUUGUGUUGUGGAAUUUGCAGUCAUAAAAUACCAGCAAGUGUUAGGUUUAUUUUUUUUUAUGUAAGUGGGUGGUGAGGUAUGAUAUCCACUCCAAUUGGCUGGGUGGGACACUUGUGCAGGGGAGGACAGGGUGGGUGGGUAGAUGCUAGGGGGAAGUAUGGUGUACUGUGAAGGUUCACCAUACUUGCUUCCAGCGAAACCUCCUCCCUGCAAGGUGAAAAGAAGAGAUACGUGGCUGUCUACACCACUUGGCCAUUUGCUGGUAUUUUCUGUCACUCUUUACUCUCACACUUUAUGUAAUUUGCCCUUAGGGAUCAUUAAGAGCAUGUCUUCUUUCUUCUUCUUCUAAAUUCCACAACACAACGGCUACGUAUUCACAGAUGGUUUCAGUCUGAGGGCUACACGGUGGCACAGUGGAGAGCGCUGUAGCCGCACAGAGGAAGGACUGUCUAUGGUUCUUGCUCUGUGCAGAGAUUGCAUAUUCUCUCUGUGUAUGCGUGGGUUUACUCCGGGUCCUCUCCGGUUUCCUCCCACACAAAAUAUGUGCAGCUUAGGUUAAUUGGUUGCAUAAAUACGGA